UCAGGUCAUUUGCUUGCGCUCCUUGCUUGUUCCUCUCUCUUCCUCUCGCCGCUCCUCUCGGUAGACCGUAGACGGCGCAAAUCUCGCGGCGAUUCGCGGAGGGAGAGCUGCGGCCGAGGAAGAGAAGGUCCGAUCUCUCUCAUCGGAGGUAGGAUGAACGGUGCCGUUGUCGGCGGGAGGCAGAUGCAGCAGCGAACCGGCGGACAGCUCCACCAGCGGCAGUACUCAUCCGACCAGAUUUUCCCUGAAGCAGGAGGGGGCGGCGCCAGCAAGUGGCUGCAGCUCGGGGGACUGCCUGCUUCUCAGCAAGUGGAAUAUUCGAGGAUGUUGAGGAACAUGCAAAGGGGGAUGAGCGGGGAGUUCUUAUCAUCGGCGGAGCCGUUGACGCCGCCGAUAUCUUCGCGGCCCUCGAGCCAGAGGAAAAACGGGGAGGAAGUGUUCCCAAAUGAUCUCAGUCCGGGGAUCUUAGAUAUCCAUUCCUUCGACACUGAACUUCUCCCAGAAAUGACAGGUGCGGGAUUUGGUGCAUUACCACUUGGUUACGGCCAUGAGAGAAACUUGGAUGACAUUGAGGCUAGCUUUUCCAGUAACAGACCUUUGAGCCGCAAUAUAGUACCACCAUCUGAGAAAGAAAAAACAAGUUCGGUUGCCAAAAUCAAAGUGGUGGUAAGAAAAAGACCACUUAACAAAAAGGAAAUAGCAAAAAAGGAGGAUGAUAUCAUCACUAUAGAACCAGGUUGCAACUCGCUUACCGUUCAUGAGACAAAAUUCAAGGUUGACCUAACGGAGUAUCUUGAGAAGCAUGAGUUUGUGUUUGAUGCUGUACUGGAUGAAAAUGUCUCAAACGAAGAAGUAUAUCAUGAGACUGUUGAACCAAUUGUCCCUGCUAUCUUUAAUCGUACCAAGGCAACUUGUUUUGCCUAUGGACAAACAGGUAGUGGAAAGACAUACACUAUGCACCCACUACCUCUUAAAGCAUCACAAGAUAUUCUGAGGCUAAUGCAUCAUGCAUAUAGAAAUCAAGGUUUCCAGUUGUUCGUCAGCUUCUUUGAGAUUUAUGGAGGAAAGCUCUUUGAUUUGCUAAAUGACCGAAGGAAGCUUUGCAUGAGAGAGGAUGGAAAGCAGAAGGUUUGCAUAGUGGGUUUGCAAGAGUAUAGGGUGUCAAGUAUUGACACCAUAAAGGACCUCAUUGAAAAAGGUAAUGCAACCAGGAGUACUGGCACAACUGGAGCAAAUGAGGAAUCAUCCCGUUCUCAUGCCAUACUUCAACUUGCCAUUAAGAAAUCAGUAGAUGGUAAUGAAUCAAAGCCUGCUCGAAUUUGUGGCAAACUCUCAUUUAUAGACCUUGCUGGAAGUGAGCGAGGUGCAGAUACCACUGAUAAUGACAAGCAGACAAGAAUAGAAGGCGCAGAGAUCAACAAAAGUUUGCUUGCAUUGAAGGAAUGCAUUCGGGCCCUUGACAAUGACCAGGUUCAUAUUCCUUUCAGAGGGAGUAAGCUAACUGAAGUGCUAAGGGAUUCAUUUGUUGGUGACUCACGCACGGUGAUGAUAUCAUGCAUAUCUCCAAAUUCGGGCUCAUGUGAACACACUUUGAAUACUCUGCGAUAUGCUGAUAGGGUGAAGAGUCUCUCUAAAGGAAACAGUAAAAAGGAUCUUUCAUCAACAACAAAUCUAAGAGAGUCAGUUGCUGCUCCUUUAUCUUUCUCCAAGACUGAAGGAAACACUGCCGAUGCCAGUGAGAAUUACAAACGCGGAUGGUCCAAACAAAUUGAGAAUGAAUCCUCGUUUUUCAGUGCGAGAGAAGAUGGCAUACUGACAGCUUCACAAGCAAACCAUUUUCAGGUUAACAGUAGAAGUUCUACAACCGCAGAGAUGUUUAAUUACUCUGAGGAUGUACUUGAGCAAGAAAAACCAUCUCUGAUGAAAGGAAAGGCAGAGGCUUACGCUGUUUUGCCGACAAAUGGGAAGGCGAGGAGGGUUGAUUCGCUGGUGAAACGGAAAGAUGUCUUUGAUGAAGACUCUUUUGAUUCCGAUGAUGAACUAGCUGAUCUUUUGAAGGAAGAAGAGGAUUUGGUGACAGCUCAUCGAAGACAAGUGGAGGCAACGCUGAACAUUGUCAGAGAGGAAAUGAGACUUUUGGAUGAAGCAUAUCAACCUGGUAACCAGCUGGAUGAAUAUGUAACUAGACUGAAUGCCAUUCUCUCUCAGAAGGCUGCAGGAAUCGUCGAGUUGCAGGCUCGUCUGACUAAUUUUCAAAAGCAUUUGACUGAGAAACAUGUGCUUGUUUCAUCUCUUGCCCCUUGAUCUUUAUUUGAGGAAGGGCAUUGGAUGAACCAGUUGCCUGGUACAAUUUCAAGAUAAGCUAUGGACUAUGGUACGGGGUCAAGACUGGUAGUUCUUCCUGGCUGCUUCGAUAUCAAAGAGUAGUGCAGGCAGAUUGUCAAGAGACCUGAAAAGUUUGGGGCAAAUCGGUUUCUUUGGCUAUAUAAUAUUGUUGUUAGCAUUUGAAGUGAAACCAUUUUGGUUUCCGUUUGUUUAUUCCUUUUAAUUUUCUCCCGCGAAAUUGCUAUGAGGUAGCAAUGGGUUUUUUUUUUUUUUUUUUUUUGUCUCUUUCGAGAUGAUGGUUUAACACUAGUUAUUGAUGUACGGUUCUAAAAGUUUUAAAAUGUUACUUAAAAUAUAUCCAGAAUUGUUGUUCCU